AUGAGAAUGAUCCUAGCCAUCUCGGCCAGCGAGCUAGAGAUGAUGCGUUGCGCGCAGCAGCUGAAACCGAGGCCCACGCAUGCCCUGCCUCGGCAUGAUGGCGUUGCGUACUACAGACGGGCUCUUGAAGAGUUCAGAGUCAUUCUGCGUGAGCUUGACUAUCGCUCGGCCAAGUGCCUGGAUGAAGUCUUGGCGAUUUUCUUUCUCAUGGUGGUGUACGAACAGCAAUUCGGCCGGCACGCAUCCGGAAUGGAGGCGCAUUUACGGGGACUGUAUGCGUUUCUGGCGACAAUGUUUGCGACAAAACAGGAUUUAUCCUUGGCCGGGCUUCCGCUACUCGGCCAGCAGCUGCUCUUGUUCACAAUGUACAUCAACUUGAACCUCAAUGUUCCGAUACACCAGGGUUCUCUACCAAGGCUGUGGCGCGAAGCCGGGCACAAGGAGUCGUGCGUCUCAGUAAUGGAUCAGCUGUUCCACAACACUCGGGAUGCGCUGCGCAACAUGUGGAUGCCGGGAUAUCCGACAGAGGAGCUAGUCGAUGACAUCUCUGUUUCUCGACCACUACAGUUCUACCACGAGUGCUGCCUGCUCAAAGGCAAGCUCCUUGUCGCCCAGCAUGACCAGUCCAAUGGUGCAGGAGAUGGAACUACUUGGCAGCGCGAGCUCGAUCAGAUUGGCAAGCGUUUCCAAGACCUCUUGGCAGUUGGCCGGAGAUCUGACGUGCCUAUGCGGAAGCAUGAGCUGCAGGCAAUUCAGUUUGCCGUGGCCGAGUAUCGGAGUCUGGCGACCUGCCGAGCCUGGAAGUUCCAGCGCGCAAACACAAUGCAUGUGGAGAAGCCUUCCGACUUGAACGCGGAGCACCGGCAACUCGAUGAAUCCGACUUUCCUUCCGAUGGCAAGCCGGGCACGGGUUCGCAUUUCAAGGGGGAUGUCGCUCUUCAGCUCGUGGACACCUUGGUCGCUGGUGAUGUCUCUCCGGAAGAGCAAAGACAGACCCUCCGACGCAUAGACUGCGUCCUGAUGCCUGUCAUGUUCAUCACAUACGCUCUGCAGUACAUGGACAAGUCAUGCCUGACAGGAGCUGCUCUCUUCGGUAUCUUAACUGACCUGGACCUGAUAAAGCUCGGCUAUCAAGGGGACAAAAUCGUCGUCGACUCUUCCAGAUACUCCUACUGCUCUCUAAUCUUCUAUUGGGGAUAUCUCGUUGGACUUCUUCCGGGUGUAUACUUGAGUCAGAAAUUUCCGCUUGGUAGAUAUACUUCUGUUAUUGUGUUUGUCUGGGGCUGUGUCACCACUUGCACGGUUGCCGUCAAGUCUUACGAGGGCCUACUUGCGCAGCGUUUCUUCCUUGGAGUCGCCGAAGCCGGCCUCGCACCCGCAUUCUCCCUCAUUACGGUCAUGUGGUAUCGACGCCGCGAGCAGCCACUUCGAUACGCAAUAUGGUACUCAGCAUCGGGAAUGGGUGUGCUAAUCGGCGCAUUGCUCUUAUAUGCCAUUGGCCAGAUCAAGGGGCCGUUAGAGCCUUGGCGAUAUCAGUUCACCAUCAUCGGAUGCGUCACGGCUGUUUGGGGCAUUCUGCUCUUUUUCAUACUCCCCGAUAGCCCCGUCACUGCACGCUUCCUUCCCCAGAGGCUCAAGGUUGUCGCCAUCGAGCGACUACGGUACGAGCAAAUCGGAAUCGAAAACAAGACGAUCAAGCGCGAGCAAAUUCGCGAGGCUUUUACCGACCCCAAGACGUAUUUCUACAUGGUCAUGGUCUUUGCUCUCAGCCUGACCAACGGCGCCUCUACUGGCUUUGGAUCGAUCAUCGUUCAGUCCUUUGGCUAUCCUCCCCUGAAGACUGUUCUCCUCCUUGGAGGAGCUGGCGCCACACUCUUUGUGUCCCUCCUUCUGUGUGGCACAGGAGCAGUCUACAUCCCUCACAGCCGCUCCAUAUUCGGCAUGGUCAGCUGUCUCCCAGUCAUUUCAGGCUCCGUCAUGGUAUGGAAAUCCGACUGGAGCACCAAGAUGACACCCCUCUGGGGCUUCUACUUGACGUCGAUUUUCGCCACCACCGUGGUCAUGGUCCUCACACUGAUGGCAGCCAACACGGCUGGUCACACCAAGAAAGCCGUCACAUCGGGUCUCGUCUGGGCAUCCUACUGCGCGUCCAAUGGCAUCGCACCGUUGACUGUGCGGACCCAGGAGAAAGAUGACCAUUAUCCGACGGCUUGGAAGAUUAUUCUCUCCAUGACGUCGUUGAGCUUUGUUUUGUUGGCCGUCUUCCGCUGGUACCUCCUCCAUCUGAACAAGAAGAAGGACCAGGUGAAGCUUGUGAACCACGAAGAGGCUGCGCGAACCGCAUUCAUGGAUAUGACUGACCGCGCGAAUGAGAAUUUUCGGUACGAGGCUUGA